GGUUUUUGUGAUCUGGCAGCUGCAAGGCCAUGGGGAACAGCAGAGGCGGCAGCAGAAGCCGAAGCAGCAGGACUUGAAGAUGCUGAGCCCCAUCUCAUGUGUCAGCAGAGUCGUGGUCCUCUUGGCAGCCGUCUUGGUAACCACGUCCAUCACCAUGUCCGGAGAAUGGGGAGAGGAAGGGGUGACGUAUGGCCAGCUGGGGAAGGACGUGACGCUGACGUGUGCCGGAAUCAGCCCCAGCGCGAUUGUGGAGUGGCGAUGGGACGGAGCGGCCGAGCUGCCCGAGGGCUCCCGGCUCCAGCAAGGGCAGCUGCUCCUGCCCCAGGCCGAGCUCCCCUCCGAAGGCACCUACAGCUGCCACGACGCCGCCAGUGGACUGCUCCUGGGCUCCGCCAUCCUCCGUCUCGGCCGUCUCCCGGGGGUCCCCUCCGUCUCCUGCAGAGCUUCCAACUACGAGAACUUCUCCUGCUUCUGGGCUCCCGGCGUGGAGACGUUUCUGCCCACCAGAUACAUCACCACCUAUAGGAAAAAAUUGCUGACUGAAGAUGAGAGACAAAGGUCACAGCCUAGCGACGUGGGGCUGUGCGUCCAGAACCCCGCCCGCCCCCACGCUUGCACCGUCAGCAAGGCCCAGUUCUGGAGCUCCUAUCGCAUGAACGUGACAGAGGUGAACCCCUUGGGCUCGACCUUCCGCCUCCUGGACAUCACCGUGCAGGCCAUCAUCAAACCAGACCCCCCGGAGGGCCUGCGGGUGGAGCCGGUGCCCUCAGCCCCCCGGCGCCUGCGUGUGAGCUGGGAAUACCCCUCCACCUGGCCGAAGGAGCCCCACUUCCAGCUCAAAUUCCGACUGCAGUAUCGCCCCUUCAUUUACAGCUCCUGGUCUGUGAUGGAGACGGGCAACAUGUCCGAGCUGAUCACUGACGCCUUCAUGGGGCUGGGCCACGUGGUCCAGGUGAGCGCCAAGGACUUCCUCGAUGCUGGGAGCUGGAGCGAGUGGAGUGCCGAAGCGUGGGGCAUGCCCGCCACCGACAACAUCCCUUGUCUGUCUUCAGGACCAACGGUGGCCCCCAGCGAAGCUGCCCCUGGAGCCAUGGAGCCCGAAAGUCCGGCCGAAAAGCCUUCUCUGGCCCCUGACAAUGAGCCUGUUGCAGGCCAGAGCGACCCCACGGAGAAGGUGGCGGUUCUGGUGUCGCUUGGGGUCUUUGCCUUCUUUGUCUUGGCCGUGAUUCUGGUCUUUGGCUUCCUGAUGUGGAUCCGGCUCAAGAAACACGGCAAAGAGGCCACUAAGCACCAUGACCUGCUUGCUGCUGCCAUCCACAUGAAGACCUUGCCCAAAGCCCAGAUCUUGUAGCCAGGGUCGCCCCCCCCCCCCCCGGCAGGACAGCCCCCGCCCACAAGAGGGGCUCCACACCACUGACCUCGCCAACUGCUGCUGCCGAUGGACUCCUGGAGCAGUGCCCCCAAGGCGCUUGGCCCCCACCGCAGGAGGACUCUCUGGACUUGUGGGGCAGGCAGCUUGGCAGGGGGGCCCCACUGCUGACUGAGGAGCACCAGCCCCCGCCUCUUCCCUUUGCCAUGAGCAGGCUGAACUCCGCAGGCUGAUGCGUUUGGGACAGUCAGCAUCUUUGGCCCCGCAAAGGACAGUGAGACCAGAAACCCCAGUGCCCAUGGAGCCUGGCCGGCGGAGGGCAUCGGGGCCAGGGGCGGCUGGCCCCCCGGCAGGGGCAAAGGACUGGCACUGCUGCCCCUGGCCACCCAGGCCUGCUUCCGGUGCCCCCAUCACCCACCUGGAGCUACAGCGUGACCCUUGGGGCAGCCGGGGACUUUGUCUGCACAGCCCCUCACACCGGCAGUCGGGGCAGGAUCCAGCGUGAGACAUCUGCGCGCAAGCCCCGGGCAUCGGAGGGGAGCUGCAGGGCCCGGAACCACGCGGGGCUCCUGCACCGGGCAGGGAGUGUCAGCCCCGGGGAGGCCUCAAGGGGGCAGUGUUGCAAGUGUGGCUGCAGGAGAGAGAGAGCGAGAGAGCAAGAGAGAGAAGCGCAUGUGUGUGCACACGAUUUGUAGUAUAUUUACCCGAAUCGAAGACAACUCUGAAUUUAAGACGACCCCCUUAAAGAGUAAAUACAGGUUAUACCUACAUUUACCCAAAAUGAAGAGGACUCUGAAUUUAAGAUGACCUCCUGAUUUCUAAUAUUUAAGAACUUGUGGGGGGAACCUCGUCUUGGAUUCAGGUAAAUGCAGUAGAUGGGACUUUUCCAUUUCACAAUUAAAUCCCAGGUUUCCAUCUGCUUAA